AUGCUGCAUGUCAAUGUAAAUAGGAUCUUUUUCAAAUCAUACUCUAUUGAUCCCAUUUCUGGACACAGCAUAUAUGUCUUCGACUCAACUUUCCUUCCUGAGCCAGAUGAAGUUGGCGAUAAACAGAUAUACGAUAUGCUCAUUGAUGAGCUCACCGACAAACUGAUAGAACGGAUACCAUGUGCUCCCUUCUCGCUUGUGGUUUUCUCGUCGGGGUUCAUUCAGAAGAAGAUAAGCUGGGUAUACGGCGUCAAAAUGUUCUCAAAACUACCCCAUGAACUACGGAGCCUUCUACAAAAGACUUUCAUCGUUCAUGAGUCGUUUUUCGUCAGAACUGUUUAUCAAGUUUUGUCUAAUGCAAUGAGUAUCAAAAUGCUAGGUGCAUACAGCUCCCAAAGCACAAAAAGCUCGGAGCCUUUUUCGAUGGUUCAUGUAUCGAAUCUAACUGAGCUCUCACAGCUGAUAGAUAUAACCCGACUGAGGAUUUCGCUAAAUGUCUACCUGCACGACUAUCAGAUAAACGAUUACAUCGAGUUGCCAGACGGAUAUUAUUCACGUCUAUCAUCAGUUGGUAGUCGGCAAUACAGGCAGCUGAUUUUUGAUAAGAUUUUCAAAAGACUAAGAUUGGAAGCGGUUGCUAAUGAGCUUAUAUUUCAGAAGCCGGGAUCCUAUAAAAAAGUUAACAUCCUUCUUGAUGUGAUUGAAAGAAACAAUUACGUUGAUCUUUCUCAAUGGGAUAUUUACUCGUUGGCCUCUGUCUUUUUACAUUUUCUGAGGAAUAAAUCGCAACCUUUAAUACCUAUCGAUUUGGUGCCACUGCCAAUCAAAGACGACUUUCAGUAUACGUUUCAAACCUUUUACAAUAUCAUCGUGCAUAACCAUUACUUCGAACUCUUAAAGGCUAUUUUUCCGCUGUUCAUCUCAAUUUUAGAAUGUUCUGAUGUUACCAAACAUAACAAAACAAGCCUGGGCAAAGCAUUAACACCAACCCUAUGUAAGGAGAAAAUGUCUAUGAUGAGUGCUGACCGAUUGGCGUUGGGAGGUCGUUUUAUCAGAAACCUGUUCGAAUAUUUCCCUGCAAUUGUAGACCAACUGCACAAUCGAAGAACCGCAAUGGCAGCAUCUGUAACCUCUGCUAUCGAGCAGCCUCAGAGACCAACAAAACUCACGGCUCCAGUAGCUUUACCGCCGCCCAAUAUACCCCGAGCGAGGAAAUCGAGCCCUUCGAGAUAUGGAGAUCUGAAAUCAACCGAUGCUUCUAGAUCGUCUUCUCAACAAUCGGACAACAGUCGCGCUGUUAGUUCUGCAUCGACUUUUAUAAGCGAAGGAGGACCAAUACUCAAAAACAGAGAGCUGAGCAUUUCUUUGCGUGUCCACAAUGACUCAGUAACAACCUUAACUGAUGAGUCGACUGAAUCAAGAUCAACCUCGCCAGUGAGAACAGCAGAAGCCAUAAACCAGAUGGUCACGGAUGAUACGGCAGACGAUAAGUCGACCGACAAUGCAAAUAAUAAAAUAACCGCAGAGCCUACUAACGUGUCAUCCGAAAAAUACAGCAAGAUUGUUCAGUUCGAUAAAGAUCUCGAGAAACAAAAACAGCUGAGCAAUAAAGCAAAUUUGAACGCAAAAUUUUCCUUGCAGGGUUACUCGGAUAUCAAGGUUGGUAAUAAAGUGAGCAAACUAGCGGCUCUUUAUGAAGAAAGACUGCAAGGACUUCAAAUCCUCAAUCAGAUCAACAAGACCGAAAGUCACUCUUGA